AUGGUAAACAUGACUAGGCGAAAGAAAGGAAUAAACAGAAGCAGGUUGGGGAGAAAAAUCAUCGAAAUCAGCGUCCUGACGCCACAAUUCAUAAGGCUGCUCAGGAACAGUCUGAAUUUACACAGUGAAAUUCCAGUAGAAAAGUUUUUGGUACAGAAGGUUCAGGCAGGGGGAAAAAGAAAAGGCGGACCUAGACAAGAGGGCCGCACAUGCGCAGUCUGUCCCGCUCGUCGGCGCUCAGCCCCGCCCCUCGAUGACCCCCAGCUUCCCGGAGAGCUUGCGGGCCGGCUCACGUUCGGAAGCGUACGUGCGGACUGCGACUGCGCAGGCGCAGUAGACGUGCGUCCGCGGAUCCGGCGCCUUUUCCUUUCUUGUGUCUGCAGUGCUUCAUUUGCGAAGCGCCGUUGGGCCCGGCAGGUGCCGAAAUUCUGGGGUCUUGGACCCCGGCCAAGCUUCGGCAGCACGGAGGUGCAGGGUGUAGCGGAAAGUGCGGGGCCGGACGUCGCCGGAGGCGUGCCCCGUCCCGGGGCCCUAGCUCCUGCCACGGCCCCGGCCCUGACCGCGGCACCCGUGGCGGCGGCGCCGGCCUCGCAGUUCACCCUGCUGGUGAUGCAUCCCUGUGGGGGGCAGGAGGAGGCCGCGGCCGAGGGCGUCCUGAGGCAGGCCCCAGGCCCCGGGAGUAGCGUCCGGGUGUGCGAGCCGGUCAGGUAUCUGUGUGAAGUUCCCGGGGAUGGCGAGGAGGAGGCGGGGGAGGACGAAGCGGAUCUGCUGGACACGUCGGAUCCCCCGGGGGGAGGCGAGAGCACGGCUAGUUUGGAGGAUCUGGAGGACGAGGAGGUCCACUCAGGGGGCGAGGGCAGCAGCGGCGGAGCCCGGAGGCGGGGCAGCGGUGGGAGCAACAUGAGCAAGACCUGUACCUACGAAGGCUGCAGCGAGACCACGAGCCAGGUGGCCAAGCAGCGCAAACCCUGGAUGUGCAAGAAACACCGCAACAAGAUGUACAAGGACAAGUACAAAAAGAAGAAGAGCGACCAGGCCCUGAACUGUGGCGGGACUGCCUCCGCUGGCAGCGUGGGAAACGUCAAACUGGAGGAAAGUGCAGAUAACAUACUCUCCAUUGUUAAACAAAGAACAGGAUCUUUGGGGGAUCGUCCUGCAAGACCUACUCUUUUAGAACAAGUGUUAAAUCAAAAAAGACUGUCAUUACUGAGAAGUCCUGAAGUGGUGCAGUUUUUACAGAAGCAACAACAACUAUUAAAUCAGCAAGUUUUGGAGCAAAGACAGCAGCAGUUUCCAGGAGCAUCAGUGUGAGAGAACUUAUCAAGAACAUCUUUGUUUCUUAUGUUAUUGUAACAGAUGAACAUAUUUUUAUACUUAAGAUAAAUGGAGUAAUAUAUGUUAAUAGAGUGUAAACAUUUUCCUGUAAAUGUGUGUGUGCAUUUGGGGAUAAAUAAGUAUUGCACUUUGCACUUUGUGCAUCUGAUCCUUUUAGAUCACCAUGAGUUUGAAGAAAUCAGCUUACCUUCCCAAAAUAACAUUUAAUUACAAUGUUGUUUAGAAUAUGUUCCUCUUCAGUCAUCAUUACUGGAGAAAUUGAAGCAGUUACUUUCUGUGGAAGUCAUGAAGUUAGUAAAUAUUAAUCUUGAAUCAGCUAUCUCAGUGGUUCUUAUCAAAGGGCAGUUGGAAGUGUGUGUUUUUUGAUUGUUACAGUGACUUUGAAAACUCCUGGUUUUUAGUGAGUGAGCCAGAAAUGGCUAAAUGUUCUGCAGUAUCUGGAGUAGUUCCACACACUACAAAUUAUCUCACCCACAAUGCCAAUAACAUUCCUCUUAAUAAAUACCUAUGGUAGUUUGUGGUGGUAACAUGUAGUUAUGGCACCUAGAAUUGGGUUCUCAUAAUAACCUUUGUCAAAGAGGUAAGCAUAUCUUAUUUAUGUCUGUAAGGAAAGAUCUCUUUCCUUAUAGAUCAUUGUUUAGUAUCUGUGAAAUUAGGACAUGGAUCUCUUUUCAGAGAUGUGCUGUAAAACAUAGGAGAGGAUAACUCAAUACACUAGAAUGACUGCAUCUCUUACAGUUGGCUUCUCUAUUUCAUGUUACCCAGUAGUGUCAUUCUCUUUUAAAGCAGACACUAUUGCAUGUUGAAUUUAUGAACAGUAUAGAUAUCAACCUACGAAUGCCAGGACAAAAUUGCUUUCA